AUUUGAAUUGAAUUGCCGGAGAAGUCAUCGGAAUGGGUAGAGGAUUGGGUUCGCAAAACUUGCCGGCGGACGUCACACAGCUGAUCGAUCAGUUAGACCGCCAUUGUUUAGCCCCUGAUGGAUCUCUCAUCUCCAAAUCCGCUCACUACGAUCUCCAACUUGCGAGAGAAGAGAUGUCAAAAGAGAGACAACGAUACUUGGAAUCCUUAGCAAUAUACAUUGAAGCAACUGCGAUGGUAGAGGAUUACCAGCAGGCCAUUUCUGUGGCUAAUCUUGGUGGUAUGAGAGAUGUCCAGGGUUUAUACUCUCAAUUGGGCUUGAAAAAUCCUCCUCAGGUUUAUGAGGAUCUUGAGCAUAGGAUGGUUGUUGCAGAAGCAGCACAGAGAUUGAGGCUUCCUCUUAUCUCCAAAGACGGUGAGAUUCACGAGGAGGAAAUUGAAAAAUGGAGUAUAAUGUCAAGAAGUUCUUUUGAUAGCACAAGCACCAGCAUUACAUUAAGCUCGAGCUCAAACUCCGCUUAUCAAACCAAUGCAUCUGCAAUUGGAGCUGCUCCUGCAGCAAGCAGUGCUUCUACUACUAGUACAACUGAUGCAACAGAACCAGAUGUUGGUGGUGUUUCCAAUCGGUUCCUUGGAAUUACGCCUGCAUAUUUAUGGCAAAGUCAACUACAUCAGAUGUCAUCAGUGGACGUGGCAGAAUACCAGAGAUUGCUUUCACGGGAGAUUGGUAACCGGUUCGAUGCUAAAUGUGAUAAGUUAGCUGAUGCAGUUGCUAUUGAUGACAUUGAUAUAUCUGCUGCCAAUCAAAAUUCAGCUGCCAGACUUCCAGAGAGGGUGAAGUUGAUCACUGAGGAGAUUGAGAGAGAAGAAGAAGCAUGGCGUGAGGAUUUAUAUUCAUCUAACAGAAAAUUUGCAGAAUAUUAUAAUGUCUUGGAGCAGAUCCUUGGUGUUCUUAUUAAGCUUGUCAAAGAUAUAAAGUUGGACCAUCAACAUAAAUAUGAUGAACUACAAAAGACGUGGCUGUGCAAAAGAUGUGAGACCAUGAGGGCAAAAUUAAGAGUUCUGGAACAUGUUCUCCUACUUGAUACUUAUACCCCGGAAACUAUUCCCGCCCUUCACAAAAUAAGGAAGUAUUUGAUUGAAGCAACAGAAGAAGCAUCACUUGCAUAUGAGAAAGCGGCUUCCCGCCUUCGUGAGUAUCAAGGCGUUGAUCCUCAUUUUGACGAAAUUGCUAGGCAGUACCAUGACAUUGUGAAGAAAUUGGAGAGCAUGCAGUGGACCAUUAACCAAGUUGAAAUGGACUUGAAUCCUUUGCCUGCUCACUCCAGCACCUAAGCCAUCUCUCUUCAUACUGUU